GUUCAAGUUGCCAUAGCUGCGAGUCCGGGGAGAGCGGAGUCGGUUGCGCCGAAGCCUUUGGAGUUCCAUCAGAUGCAGUUUGAACAUCUUCUAUUGCUCAAAGUAACUGAAAUUAAUAGCAGAAGACUUUGCAUGCUUAUACCAGGGAAAUUCAUGCUGGAAAGUGUGAUUCUUUCUCAUAAAAGUAUGUAAUUCUACUUGGGGAUUUGCAUGUAUCAAUGGCAGAAUCAACCAGUGAUUCAGAUCGCUUCCGCUAUCGUGACCGUGUGAGUCGAUGGGCUGCCAGAUCAAUUCCAACGGAAACCAAAAGUCAUGCUACAGUAGAUGUCACUGAGAAGGUCAAUACUAUAACAAGUACUUUACAGGAUACUAGUCGGAACCUUCGACAAGUGGACCAGAUGCUUGGGCAAUAUCGAGAAUUUAGUAAUGGACAGGCUGGUGUUGUUGAACAUUUAAGAGAAUCCUUGGAGAAAUCAAUAAACCAACUGCGGAGUCAACGCUUACAGAGAAACUCAGGGGGGAGAAGUAUUUCUGUUACAAGUGUGAGUACAAGUGACCUCGAUGGUGGCACUGUGACAGAGAGCCACCAUUUUCCACCUACCUCACCUCUUAAGGAAUAUGAUCCACUGGGGACCAAACGAAGUAAGUCCAGAACUGGUGUCCGGUUUGUUCGCCAAACUGAUGACAUGACCCAGCUUCAUAGCUUUCACCAGUCCCUCCGAGACCUCAGCAGUGAACAAGUUCGCCUUGGAGAGGAUUUCAACAGGGAGCUUUCCAGGAGAAGCCGAUCGGAUGCUGAAACAAAAAGGGCUUUGGAAGAAUUGACUGAAAAACUUAGUGAAUCCCAGAAACAAGAUGUGGUUUCAGAUCGGGUGGAGCGACGGCUUCAGGAAAUAGAAAGAGAGAUGCGUACAGAAAGAGAGCUGGUGGAAAGACGUCAGGACCAGUUGGGACUUAUGUCCUUGAAGCUGCAGGAGGCAUUGAAGAAACAAGAAGCUAAAGCAGAGGAAACUGAGGGAAUAAUGAAAAAUAAGCUACAGCAAACUGAAACUGAGAAGAGUCAAACAGGGAUAGAGAGAGAAAAACAGAAUCUGGAGAAGCAGAUGUCAGAUCUGAGAGCACACCUGAACUUCAAUUCAAUGGCAUCUGAGUUGGAGGAGGUGAAGCGAUGCAUAGAGCGAAAAGACAAGGAGAAAGCAAAUUUGGCAGCACAAAUAGAGGAUCUAGCAUGUGAAUUGGAGAACAAAGAAAAACAACAGCUGCAGAUGUUGGAUCGACUUAAGGAGAUCGAGAGUCACUUUGAUACAUGUGAGGCUGAGCGUAAGCAUGCUGACCUCCAGAUCUCAGAGCUGACUCACCACGCUGAGGAUGCAACCAAGCAGGCCGAGCAGUACCUCAGUGAGUGCCAGCAGGCAGAGGCCCUGAGAGAGGAGGCAGAGAAGAGGCGAGAAGACCUGAAAAUGAAAGCUCAAGAAACCAUUAGGCAAUGGAAGCUUAAGUAUAAGAAGUUAGAGCGAGCAAUGGAGAAACAAUCUGAAACUCUCGAUCAACUGACUGAUAAGAAUAAUCAGAUUCUAAAAGAAAAGGAUGACUUGAAAAAUCAGCUUUAUGUAGCAUUACAACAAAUAGAGAAGCUUAGAAAGGAACUGAAUGAUGUUUUGACCAAGCGUGCCCGCCAAGAGGAAGAGCUUCACUCUAAGGAGAAGAAGCUAAGUGAUAUUCAGUCUCGUCAAACUGACCUUGAAGUAGAAGUCAAGAGUUCCCUGGAUACCAUCCAUAGACUAGAAAGUGAAUUGAAAAGGCAGACUAAGACUCAAAGCCAGAUUAAAGUUGAGAAAGCUCACCUAGAGGAAGAAGUUACAAAACUAAGGAGGAACCAGGCUGAGGAUAAAGCAAAACUUCUUGAGAUGCAAGAGUCCAUCAAAGACUUGAGUGCCAUCCGAGCAGAUCUUGCUAAUAAAUUGGCUGACGAAGAGAGAGCCAAGAAAGCCGUGCUUAAGGACCUCUCUGACCUCACUUCUCAGACAAAAUCCCGAGAUGAAGAAACCUCUACUGUCAUCAAUCAGUUAAAGCUAGAACGAGAUGUUCACCAGAGGGAACUGGAAGAUCUCACGUCAUCACUGCAGAGUGUGAAAAUUAAACAUGAGCAAAAUAUCCAGGAGCUGAUGAAGCAUUUUAAGAAAGAAAAGAGUGAAGCAGAGAAUCACAUUAGGACACUGAAGGCAGAGAGCUUAGAAGAUAAGAAUAUUGCUAAAGUUCAUCGUUGCCAACUAGAGAAGUUGAAAUCACAGUGUGAAAGACUCACAGAGGAAUUAUCCCAGAAUGAAAAUGAGAACAAAAAACUCAAGCUAAAGUACCAGUGCUUAAAGGAGCAAUUAGAAGAAAAGGAAAAGCAUAUAAGUAAUGAAGAAGAACACUUACGGAGAAUGGAAGAGGCCAGAUUGCAACUCAAAGAUCAACUUCUUUGUCUGGAGACUGAACAGGAAUCCAUUCUUGGUGUGAUAGGAAAGGAAAUUGAUGCAGCCUGUAAAACUUUCUCUAAGGAUUCAAUGGAGAAAUUGAAAGUUUUUUCAUCUGGUCCUGAUAUACAUUGUGAUCCACAUCGCUGGUUAGCAGAAAGCAAGACUAAACUUCAAUGGCUCUGUGAGGAACUGAAAGAGAGAGAAAACAGAGAGAAAAACCUGCGACACCAGCUGCUGCUCUGCAGACAGCAACUCAGAGAUCUGACGGAAAACAAGGAAUCUGAGCUCCAGUGUCUCUUUGAACAGAUAGAAAGGCAGGAGCAGCUUCUGGAAGAAAUACACCAGGAGAAGAGAGACUUGGUAGAAGAGACACAAAGGAAAGACGAAGAAAUGGAAUCACUGCAGGACCGUGUAAAUGCAUUAGAAACGAGUACCCGAGUGGCCUUGGACCAUCUGGAGUCUGUGCCUGAGAAACUGAGCCUCCUGGAUGAUUUCAAAGACUUUAGAGAUUUCCGCUGUUUAUCAGAGAGAACUGAUGGGAGAUAUUCCAAAUACAAAGCUUACAGAGAUUCUCUUCAACAGCACCAAGAUGACAAGUACAGAAACAAAUGCUUCAAAGAUGACAGAAGGUUCUUAGCAAGUUCCCAUGGUCCUGGGUUAGAUCACUCAUUGUCUUGGCAGGAUUCUGGUCGGUUCCUGUCUAGUCCUCGAUUUUCACACUUCAACUCUUUGCCAGCAUUUACCAAAAGAACUGUUACUCCAGACUCAGCUUCAAUCAAGGGAGAUGUUGCAAAUUUACCAUUGAGUAGAACAAGCUCACAAUCCAAGAAGGACGAAUAUGAGAGCAAAAAAAGCAAAAUGUAAUUAGUUAUUUUGAGUGUUUUAAGAAUAAUAGCUUAUCUGUCCUUUGCUGCCAUUUGGACCUGAUUGUCUAACAUACAUACCUGUGGCUUUGGCUCUUUGCCAAAUGUUGACUAAAAUGAAAAUAUACUUAAGUCUUUGUGAAUGAUAAAGUUAACCAAAAGUGAAUGAUAUUACCAAAGUAAUAGCAACUUAUGAAUGAUAGGCAGCUAACUAAAUGGCAACAUGCCAAUAGAAAAAGAUAUAUUUUCACUUUGUAUUUCCCUUUUAUAAAAUGUGGUCAGUUACAAUUUCCUGACCAAAUCUUGGGUUUAUAAUUGAAGCCUUUCAAAAAUUACUGGCUAAAAUAAGAAAAAUGAGUUCCCCUUUAGGCAAAAGUUGCCAGCACUUUAAAUUCAGGGAGCAUUUAUAUACAAUUAAUUUUUCAAAUGCGUUCUCCCUUAUUAAUUAUCAUGUGUUAUAACAUGUCAUGGAGAUUUGCAUAUGUCAUAUUAACUCUCUUUGUAAAUGCUCAGGACUGUUAAUAUCCAUCAUCUAGCAGUCUUAUUACCAUAGGAAGUACCUUAAAAUGAUUUCUAAUCAUCAGUUUUUAAUAGCAAUAAAGAAUUUAUAAAUAA